AACAUGACAUUUUUUUUUUUGAACUGCAAAACAAAAUUAGUACUACCAGUCAAAAAAAAAAAGUACUCGAUCCAACAAACAUAACACAUGACAUGACAUCAAAUCCUUCCAGUAACCGCAACACAGUUUCGGUGAGUGAUUAAUCCAAUCCAAUCCAAUUGUUUAUCAUUUCCCUUUUAGAUUCUAACAAACUUACAAUUAAGCUUCAAAUUCAGAAUUUCACCACAUGAUUCCAUGUGAGUAUUUAUGUUUUUCAACAUUAGUUGUAGCUAAUCUCCCUUUCAUUUCAAUAAUUCAUUUGAUUAUCUGUCAUCAACCCUUUAUAGUAUACUAAUCUUGUUUCAAGAAAUUUUGAUUAAAAAUUUAAUCUUUUCCCCUCCUGCUAUAAACCCUUCAUAGUUUAUGGUUAGUUUACUGAUCUUGUUUCAAGAAAUUUUGAUAAAAUUUUGAUCUUUUCCCUCCCUGCUAUAAACCCUUUAUAGUUUACCGAUCUUAUUUCAAGAAAUUUUGAUAAAAAUUUGAUCUUUUCCUUCCCUGCUAUAAACCCUUUUUUCACCAUGUUGAAUCAUGGAUUCAAAUCAAAGCAACGGAGUAGUGUUCACAAUUGUCGAAUCCAAGUACUUGUCAUGUCUUUUACAUUGAUUGUAAUGCUUGUGAUUCUCUUUUUAGUAUCUGAUAAUACUCAUGAUAAUGAUAAUGAUAAUGAUGGUGUGAAAGUGAAAGUAAAACCAAGUUUAGGUUAUGAAUCUCAUAAACAAGAGUGGAAUAGUUUCGAUUCUUUGGUGAAAUUGCAUCCAACAAGAGAGUUUAGGAAUGGAACUGAUUUGAUAUGGCAAGUACCUAAAUCACCCAAAGGUGUUCUUUUUCUUGCUCAUGGAUGUAAUGGAAAAGCCAUUAACUUUUGGGAUAAAUCCCUUGAAUGUCCUGAUUGUGUUGGUUUGCCGGAAGAACGGUUGCUUGUACUUCAUGGUCUUGCUCGAGGUUUUGCUGUUAUUACAAUUUCAAGUGCACAUAGAUGUUGGAAUUUAGGUAAAGAAGUGUUGAUUGUUAAAGAUAUUCUAGAAUGGUGGAUUGGUAAGAGGAAGCUUGAAAAACUUCCUCUUGUGGCUUUAGGUGCUUCAUCUGGAGGCUAUUUUGUAUCGCUGCUCGCCGUUGCUAAGAAGUUUAAUAGUAUUGUGCUUAUGAUUGCUGAAGGGAUGUUUGAGGAUUUCGAUAUUAAAGAGGACUACUCUCCUACCCUUUUUGUUCACAUGCCUAAAGAUCUUUAUAGACAUCAAAAAAUUGAUGAAUAUGUCGAGGUUUUGAAAGAUAAAGGGAUUGAUGUUGGUGUUGUUGAAUGUAUGGAGUUUCCGUUGUCGCCGGAUACUUUAACCGACAGGAUUCCUGGUAUUGAUCAAACUCUUUCUAGAAAUUUAUUUGAAAUCUUUAAGGAAAAGGGCUUUAUUGAUCAAAAAGGAUAUAUGAAGAAAGAUGGUCGGAAAACGAAAUGGCAAAAUGUUCUCGAGGAGAGGAAAAAUCUCUUGAUUGAUAAGCAUUUGGUCCCUCAUAUUCAGGAAGAGCUAAACCUUGCAUUUGCUUACCAUGAGAUGACUAGUGUGCAUUCCGACCAAAUUUUUAAAUGGUUCGAGUCUCAUAUAUGAGCUGAUUAGAAUUUGCAAUGCUGUCUAGUGUUUAAGUUUCUCUCUGAUUAUAAAAAAUCUAUAGCCAAUGGGACAUGUAUUCCAUUGAAAGUUGAAAUCACUUGUAUUCAAAGAGAAUGAAGACAUGUCCUUUUAUCCAAUCUCAAGAGCUAGAAUUUCUCAACUAUGUAAUACUGCCAGAAGUUAUUAUCAACGGAAAAAGGUAUGUAUGCCUCUGACAUUUUGUGCCAAAACCAUUUGCGCUUUAGCAAGUGGCCUUCUGAAUGUUAUCCUAGAUUUUGUUAAUUGAGAUUUUUUUCUGCCAUUUUUUUUUUCUUUUGAGAUUUGAAGCAAUAAUACUUGGACUUAGUUGAUCUCUUAAAUUUGGAUACACUGGUUGAGGAAUUAUGAGCCAUUUUCUGCCAUUUUGUAAUAUGGCUGUGAAAUUAUGAGCCUAAUUCAUUAUUGAUUAUGCUAGGCAUGCUUGACUACUUGAUUAGUAUUCUUAUGAGAACAAUAAACUUGCAAUUCUUGUAAUUCCAUUUACUUCCACUAGAACAAUGAAUGAAUGCUUUUUUUA